UUAUCAAUUAAUUAAACGCUUUGUAAAAAUUAACACGUUGUAUUAAUUAUUAUUACAGCCAAACCACCAACAAUGAUCAUCUCAAGAACACAGACCGAGAACAUUUUAUUAAAUAACAAGAACCAGAAUAAUAACAACGUGAUAAUUACUAAACCCGAACGUGUUAAAUAUGUAAAACCGGCAAAAAUUGUACCUCAUCAAUUUGAAAUAGCAUGGUUUUAUGUAUUUUUUCUGCCCACCAUUCAUUCAAUAGCGGUCUAUGCGCUGUAUUUACAUUUCACCAAGGGCAUUGGUGGCUGGAGUGAGCUUGGUCUAAAUGUUUAUUAUGUAAGCGCCAAUAUAUUAUGCAUGUUUGGCAUAAUUGCCGGAGCACACAGGCUAUGGUCGCACCGGGCAUACAAAGCCAAAUGGCCGCUACGGCUAAUACUGGGCGCUCUACAGACGGCUACCAUUCAGGAGGAUAUAUACGAGUGGUCACUAAAACACCGGUUGCACCACAAGUUCUCGGACACCGACGGCGAUCCCACCAACAUUAGCAGGGGCUUUUUAUGGGCCCACAUUGGGUGGCUAUUUUUCAAACGCCACCCCACCUACCUGGCCAAAGUGCCCACCAUAGACACCAAGGACCUACUGGACGACCCUAUUGUAAAAUACCAGCGCAUGUUUUAUACGUUCUGGGUGGUUUUGGUACGCGGCACCAUGUUCACGGCCAUUCCCCGGUUACUGUUUCCGCACGAGAGUUGGACGUAUUUGGUGGCGAUGAACGUGCUGUUUUAUGUGAUACUAUUGCAUUAUACCUGGUUGGUCAAUUCCGUGGCCCAUAUGUUUGGUUACAGGCCUUAUGAUAAAAGUAUCCAGCCCACUGAUAACACCGUGCUCGUUUACCUGGCUAUGGGCGGCGGUUACCAUAACUAUCAUCACGCAUUUCCUCAAGAUUACUCCGGGUCCGAGUACGGGUGGGAACAAAAUUUCAACCCGACCACCUUGCUCAUCGAUAUGUUUGCAAAAAUUGGUUGGGCCUAUGAUCGCAAAAAAGUCUCGGCAGAAAUAAUACGCAUGCGUACAAAACGUACGGGCGAUACGACAGCCUUACGCCGUAAUGCAAGUAUGGCUAUGGAUGUGGUGUUGGGACUAUUGAUACUGUAUUGGCCACUGCCAGUGAUUUACGGGCGUAAGCGUAAUCGCGAUUGGGAAAACGAUCUCUAUUUUUUCAAACACAAGACUAAAGACGAAUGCGUCUUGAGUAUGAAAAACACGAUUCAGAACCAGAUCCAGACUGUGAUAUUAGUGCCAUGGAGUUGUCGUCACAACCGUCCACAAGUGCAGCCCCAAUAUCUUCACAAGAGUCUACAAUUGAAAUGUCAUCACAAUCGUCACAAACUGAAGAGAUUUCAAACGAUGCAAAACUUCGUGUCGUUUAUGAAAUCGCACACAAUAUCGCCAAUUCUUCAUACCCUUUUGAAGUAA